AUGGCUCGAUCUCUUGCUCUUCUCGCUGGUGUCCUCGCCACCGUCGCGGCCCAGACAACCACCGUUGAAUUCCUCCUCCCCAUGUACGAUCCUCAGCCUCUCGAGGGCUCUGUUGUCGCUGUCAAGGGCGGCGCGACCACUAUUGCCAUCCACUGUCCUGCUGGCACCGACUCCAGCGACUGUGGUGUCCAAGGCACCAGCACUGUCGUUGGUGGUCCCUCCACUAUGGAGAUGCACUACACCAUGACUCCCGAUGUUGACGGAUUCGAUGGUGGUGAGAUUAAGCAAGACAUGCGCUGCAAGCUGGACCCCAAGAAGGAUAUGGCCUACUGCACUGUCGAGCAAGUUGCUGUCCUCUCCGAUAUCACCAGCUCUACUUCAACAGCCACCAGUGAAAGCGGUUACAAGUCGAUGCUCAUCCCCAUCACCGUCACAGCUGGUGUCAACAAGCUCAGCGGCGGCGGCGAUGCUUCCCCCACUGGCACCGAUGCUACCUCUGCUGAUAAGCCCAAGGCCACUGGCGCUCAGGCUACUGAGACCUCGUCUGAUGCUGCUGCCACUCCUGUCCACUCUGACAACGCUGCCGGUCCCAUGGUAACUCAGAACGUUAUCCUUGCGGCGGCUGCUGUUGUUGGUGGUGCCGCUAUGCUGCUGUAG